AUGACAACCCAGGAAGAAACUCAUGCUUCUUUCAAUAACUUCACCAUCAACAUUAAGUUCACACUUACACCAGAGAAGUGUGGGGUUCAAUGCCACAUGGACUGUGGCAACACGAAGGCCAAAGCCCCCAGACCCCUGGAAAAGGAAAUAAAUGGCACAAAGGCCUGGAGAAAAUGGAUAGAGACAUGGGGAGAGGCGGUGCUUCAGGUUCUAAAGGAGAAUCAUACAACCAGUGAUCUUUUCACCUUGCAGGUCAAGAUACCUUGUGAUCGUGAAGCCAAUGGACACAUCAGUGGACCCUUUCAGUUAAUCUGUGAUGAGCAGAUGUUCCAACAAAGUGAAUUCGUGAACAGAUUGUGCCCACUGGUUCACAAUGCAGUGAGUCAAAUGAUGAAGGGGAUGGAUUACACGAAUGUGACCACCAUCUUCAUGGAAGAAUUGAAAAGAAUCUUUGAAGACUUACUGAUGCUCAACAAAAUGAAGGAAGGAGACUACAGCCUCCUACUCCACAGUCUCCAUGUGGGGGACCAUCACCUGGUGACGACAAACCCCACAGUCCUGAGCCUGUGGGAAAGUGGAACAGGCCUGGACCAAGCACAGGACCUGUCUCUGUGUGAGGACAAGGACAUGCCCGAGAAGCUACGGCCCCGCCGCCGCCUGCCCGCAGGACAAAGCCCACAGCCCGCGCCCAGAGCCGCGUCCUCGUCCGCCAGCAGAGGCCACCAGCCCAGCCAGAGCCGCGCCAUCCCCACCCGCACGGGGCCCAUCGGCGUCGCGGCGCAGCUGCCUCCUGACUAUCGCAUCGCGCCCGCCCGGACGCUCUUCUGCACCACACCGGGAGGAACUGCAAUCAUUCAUGAUGGAAAGUUUCUGUUGGAUUGUCCCAACUGUCCCAUGGUUCAGACCUCGCCCUGCCAUCUGCCCAAUAUCCCAGGAGUCACCAGCCCUGACACCUUAACUGAAGACUCCAAAGGAGAAGUAAACAAUUUGCACAACUUGAGCGAUCACGACAGGAAGCACGCAGCGGGGGAUGAUACUCAGUUUGAGAUGGACGCCUGGCUCUCCCGCAAGGAUUAG